UUUGGCGAUUUAAGACAAAUAGUUGUCAUAAGAAGAGUAGCGUCAGUGUUAUCAAUGAAGGACGCUCUUUCAAAUAUCAUAUACUAGUGAAAUAUCGAAAACUUUCAAGUUGGAAGACAAUAUUAACCGACUAAAGAAGAAACUCUGCCAMUAGAUGCCUUGGGUGACAUAUUUUGUYUUGUGAUGAAAUCCCUGAUGUAGCUCUAAGUGGGUCAGUYGACAAGACUACACAAUAARCAAGACGACCUCUGAAAAAUGUACGUCAAGUACAAAAGAGAAGCAAGUAGACAUUGCACCUCCUGGAGAUGUGUAGUUUUAGUAUUGCUUGGUGCAUUYAUUGUGUUAUGGCUGUAUUUAAGYCACCAAAGUAUGAAUCCUGCUUUGAUGUUUGCGCAGCGUUCAUGGUACGAUAAGCGAAACGCAGGAUUUACCUUCCAUAGAAAGACGACUUUUUUAAGAACGGUUUUUAAUUUGACAAAACCGGAACAGCGUGCACAAAAUUCAAAGCUAUGGAAAGAGAGUUUUGAAGAAAACGGUCCCAUGAAGCCAGCGUCUUCUGCUGUCCUGUUUGAGCGGUAUAAACGAAAACCUCCCGGCGCUCCACGUUUGUACGAGAAUGUUGUGAUCAUCACGCCGAAGCCACAUUUAGUUAGUGAAGAAGUCAAAAUUGAAUACAAACGAAGUGGCGAUGGACUAGCUGGCCAUGAGUUACUAACAGCGUUUUUUGAGCAAGUCAUUCCUGACUUUAUGUCAGGUAAGCUGAAUGUUCAUAUUUGGGACCACAUCUGUGGCCCCCACGUGGAGCAGCUUCGUCAAUCUCCGUUGUUUCCUCGGUUUCCGAGCCGUCGCCGAUUCAUUACCGAUUUUGCCGCUGAAUAUGAAGAAACCGAAUUUGGAGAGCGCAUAUUCGGCUACAUUCAUUCCKUAUCCGACGGUUUCUARCAAUUUGCUAUUUCUUCCGAUGAUACUUCGGAGCUUUGGCUAAGUACCGAUAUUGAUCCGAAGAAUUCCCGACUGAUUGCGACAGUCUUUUCGUCUAAAGGCAUUGGAUUUACCAAAACCGGAGACUUCAAAAAAUACCCAACGCAAAUUUCGCGAAAAAUCCAGCUAAAAGCUGGCAGAAAGUACUAUAUCGAGGUUCUUCACAAGCAAGCACGGGGCAAGAGCCACCUACAAGUUCUUUGGAAGCCACCGGGAUUCAGAAAUUUCACAAAAAUAGAAAACAAAUCCUUGUCUUUGUUUGUUGACGACAAUGAUUUUAAAACACUCGACGAUACCAUUAAAGAUAUUGACUUCGAGGUGUARGCACCUAAGGACACRCCAAGUCACAUCAAGAGAAAACUCGACCCAACCCUCGAGAGAUCAAUCUACAAAUGUUGACUAACCAGUUUUGUACAAUCUGACUACAGCUGUGACGUAUUUCCGGUGCAUUCGCAUCACUGGACCGCUAAGCGCGCGCAAAAGGAAACCGCGGCAGAUUUCCCGCCAUCUUGUUAGAGGAAUUAUGGACUAAUGUCGUAUCGCCUCCAACAAUGAUUUUUAUAUUUGUAUAUAAUAGUAGUGUUUUUAGGUAGAGUUUAUAGUUAUUUUGCACGCCGCUGAUAUUGAUAAGCGCGGUGCCAUAUUUUACAAUCGCUUUUUGSUCCAUCAGCAACUCUUUUGAGCUUUUAUUUAUGUUUGAAAAUAAAGAUAAAUCGUAAUAUAAUAAGAAAAAGUUAAUCUUU